GGUUAUAGACGGAAAUUCUAAACUACUUGUAACUAAUAAAAUAGAGUUAAGACUAUUAUUCCGACAUGCAAACUACUUAAUGCAAUUUUGAGCUACGAAACGAGGCGUCUGAGGCGAUGUACCCCAGUGGAAGUGACUGCAGUAGCAGUUAUACCGACCAGCCUGGCCAGAGCUACAGCACUGCAAUGGAGUGCAGCCACUGUCCUACAGCAAACCCCAUGUCAGAAGGAUCAUGGGUAGGUCUUGACGUGGUAUCCAGCACAUUACCUCGAGGCUGGGACGACCGAACGUUCAUGGUAGAGUGCAACAUACCAGGACAGGAAACUAUACCUUUAUCCGACACCAUAGUCCAAGAUCCAGACUGUCAGGCUUGUUCGGAAUCACAAACGUCGACUCUAAUUCACCAAAGAGUCACCCCUCCUUCACAUUGGUCCGAAAUGAAGUUCAUGAGAACCCACGAGCCGCAAUGGAGUCCAUGUUGCCUGCCAGACGCCCGUUGUGGAAGACAACAAUGCCUAGAGGAUAGUUUAUCCUUCGUUGAGCGAGAGCCCGUCUGCUGCGAGAUGACGCCGCCGCCCCUGCAGUCUGACAUCAACUCGUUGGUGUGUCCCGAGUUUCCGACAAAUUGCCAGCUCACAACGCUAGCAGAUCAAGAUUCCGAAAUUCUACCUGAAGUUCGUAACAACCGUCGAGGCUCUACACCUCUGCCCCUAACGUUCAUCCCACCCCCACCCACCUCUUCGUCAACGGCUUCCAACCGAUGCAAUUCUCCUUCGUGCUUAAUCAUGUUCCACCGACAUCAGUGCCUUCAUAGCCGGAAUAGAUGUACAUCUCCAGAUCAUUUAUGUUCAUCUAAAUCUAAGCUAGACGCUUUACCUUCUCUUCCAGCCACUCUGCCACAUUCAUUUUCCUACUCACACCAAAAGCUUCAUGAUCACAAUUUAUUGGAAAGAUCAUCGAUGUCACAAGAUUCGUCUCACAGCAUUACGUGUAGCAACACUCAUCUUUCUUCUAACACUUAUUUUAGCCAAAAUACCGACACGAGGCUAAGCAAGUCCUUAGAAGACCUGCCCAGAGACAUCCAAGACCACAUCCUCAAGUGCAAAUGUCCGUGCAACCACAUGGGUUAUGGAAAUAUUUCAGUGAGUAACAUAUUAUAUUAAGUUAUUGUUUCUAUACUGUUUCUUGUGCUCUCGUAAUAAUCAAUUUAUUUUAUUUUCCGCUAAAGUCUCCAUGCAUAUUGGCGCCUGAUAAAACGUUGGAGAAGAAACCUUAACUAUUUUUUUAUUAAAUUUGAUCCCUUUUUUCAACACAAAUGUUUUUGUUCACCUCACUGUCAGUCCAUGAUAACAAUUUUCUUCC